CGGUAAUGUUAUUUAUUCUAACGAUCCUAACAUCGAAAAAGAGAUUAAAGAGGGGAAAGAAUAUGAAUUGGCCUAUUACGAAAGCAACACGGGUGAUGAAAGCGUGGAUUUAUUGGCAAAAGAGCCUCAAAGCGUAGAGCAACAGACUGAAGCAUUAUUGAAAUGA